CACACCCGAGCGCAGGAGCCUGGCGGACUUUUCCCAGCCUGAGACAGCACCGCCUAACUUGCCGCUGUCUGCGCCUCAUCUGUCCGCUAGAAGAGAUUCCCCACGUUCAACAGUAAUCAAAAUACUCCACGGGCUACCAUAGCCGAAUCCUCAAGCUUUCCUAAAGAAAACCCUAGGAAAUAUGGUCAAAAGAGAAAUCACAAAGUCUCCGGCCACAUAGAGAAACUGGAAAACCAAGAGGUGUUUCUUGUCCCCGUUGUCCCAUAGGCGCCCAGCAGCAGCAGCUGUUGGGGCCACAGGGACCGAGCCCGUGCGUGGGCGACCUAAGCAAAGGCUAGCAGCCAAAUCACGCAGCUCCUACCACGAAAGACGAGUCGGGGGAGAUGUGGGGCUACCAGUGAUGCAAGUCCCUGAGCAAAGCUGUCCCCAGGGAUAAGAUAAAAUUCACUGGCUGAGCCGGGAGGCACUUGCCCCCGUUGGGAGGAGGAGCAGGAGGGCUCCAAGUCCAGUGCAGGUGCGCAGGGGGUGCGGACCUUAGCUUUCUAAGUUUUCUGUUUACAACGCGGGUUGAAUUCGAGUGCAAGGUUAAUGGGGCUAAGGAGAGAGGUUUGAGGACCAGUUCAGUGGGUCAGAGAGGGAACGCACGCCCAAUUUUCCAAGACUAGGAAAGCGCCACGACUCUGCCUCUGACGCCCUGGGAUCAGCGAGUCUUCCAGUUCCACCUCUGCAGCCCUGAAGCAAGAAGGACAAGCCACCCACGUAGGGGAAGGGGCGGGAGCCACCAGCGAGGAGCAGGGACUUGGACUCCCGACAGUUGUCAGCCACUAGGACGAUCAGCAGCGCCUCCCCAGGAAACGGACCCCACAUUAGCAACUCAAUUCGCAGCCGGGUUUGGAGCGCACCACUUGAGCUUUCUCCGGAGCUGGAGCAGUGCGUGAGUGGCUCUCCAGACCGAGACCUUGCUGGCUCUGCAGGAGGGGCUCUGGAAGUGGAGACGCUGAGCACCGAUCCUCAAACCCUGCGGAAAGCGCACUAGAGGCCGGGAGCCCAAGUUCUUGGCGGUAAGGUGGCAGCUCCUCACGGGAGUCCGGCCGUCUAAGAAAAGCCUAGCAGGCACCGCAUGGAUAGUAUGCGGUUUUCUGGAGGCUCCCACUUGGAACCCGCAGGUAACUUCAGCCCCUGGUGGCCCUUGGGCGCCAGCGGUGCAAACAGCAGCCACGAGGCCGGAGAGCCCGGGAGAGGAGGCGAGCCACAGGCGGACUUGCGCAACGAGGAGCUGGCCAAGCUGGAGAUCGCGGUGCUGGCCGUGACUUUCGUGGUGGCCGUGCUGGGCAACACCAGUGUGCUGCUGGCACUGCACCGCACGCCACGCAAGACGUCCCGCAUGCACCUUUUCAUUCGGCACCUCAGCCUUGCCGACCUGGCCGUCGCCUUCUUCCAGGUGCUGCCGCAGUUGUGUUGGGACAUCACCUACCGCUUCCGUGGCCCGGACUGGCUGUGCCGCGUAGUGAAGCACCUGCAGGUGUUCGGGAUGUUCGCGUCAGCCUACAUGCUGGUGGUCAUGACCGCCGACCGCUACAUCGCGGUGUGCCACCCGCUCAAGACGCUGCAGCAGCCGGCGCGCCGCUCACGCCUCAUGAUUGCCGCCUCCUGGGUGCUGAGCUUGGUGCUCAGCACACCCCAGUACUUCAUCUUCUCCAUGAUCGAGGUGAACAAUGUCACCAAGGCCCAGGACUGCUGGGCCACCUUCAUCCAGCCCUGGGGCUCCCGCGCCUACGUGACCUGGAUGACUAGCGGCAUCUUCGUGGCACCCGUGGUCAUCUUAGGUACCUGCUACGGCUUCAUCUGUUACCACAUCUGGAGCAACGUCCGCGGAAAGACCGCGUCGCGCCAGAGCAAGGGUUCCGAGCGCGCGCCGGCCGGCGCCUUCCACAAAGGGCUCCUGCUCACUCCCUGUGUCAGCAGCGUGAAGAGCAUCUCGCGCGCCAAGAUCCGCACGGUGAAGAUGACAUUUGUGAUCGUGACGGCGUACAUCGUUUGCUGGGCGCCUUUCUUCAUCAUCCAGAUGUGGUCAGUGUGGGAUGAGAAUUUCAACUGGACCGAUUCAGAAAACCCUUCCAUCACCAUCACUGCCCUACUGGCUUCUUUGAAUAGUUGCUGCAACCCUUGGAUAUACAUGUUUUUUAGUGGCCAUCUUCUGCAAGACUGUGUCCAAAGCUUCCCGUGCUGCCAAAAUAUAAAGCAAAACUUCAACAAAGAAGACACUGACAGCAUGAGCAGAAGACAUACUUCUUAUUCUAAUAACCGAAGCCCUACUAAUAGUACAGGUACAUGGAAGGACUCACCCAAGUCUUCCAAGUCCAUCAAGUUCAUUCCUGCUUCCACCUGAGCUCCAAUUUCAGGCAGUCUGACUCUUGUAAUUGACUGCUUGGGCUAUUUCUAGCUUGGAAAACAUGAGAACAAAUGAACGUUUACAAGAUGAGCAGACAUCAACUCAUUGAGUACAAGACUAUCUACAGUUGCAUUUUC